GGCCGGAGGGCGGGCGCCUCCACUGCGCCUGUCGCGGCAAUGGCCCAGUGUGUACAGUCAGUGCAGGAGCUAAUCCCGGACUCAUUCGUCCCCUCCGUCGCCGCACUGUGUAGCGACGAAGCUGAGCGGCUCACUCGUCGCAAUCACCUUAGCUUCGCAGAACUGCUUAAACCCUUCUCUCGCCUCACUUCCGAGGUUCACAUGAGAGAUCCAAAUAAUCAACUUCAUAUAAUUAAAAAUUUGAAGAUAGUGGUAAGCAACAUUGUCACCCAGCCACCUCAGCCUGGAGCUAUUCGGAAGCUUUUGAAUGAUGUUGUUUCUGGCAGUCAACCUGCAGAAGGAUUAGUAGCUAAUGUGAUUACAGCGGGAGAUUAUGACCUCAAUAUUAGUGCUACUACUCCAUGGUUUGAGUCUUACAGAGAGACCUUUCUUCAGUCAAUGCCAGCAUCAGAUCAUGAAUUUCUGAACCACUAUUUAGCGUGUAUGUUGGUAGCAUCUUCCAGUGAAGCUGAACCCAUGGAACAGUUUUCAAAGUUGUCACAAGAACAGCAUCGAAUUCAGCACAACAGUGAAUAUUCUUACCCCAAGUGGUUUAUACCAAAUACACUUAAAUAUUACGUACUUUUACAUGAUGUAAGUGCAGGAGAUGAGCAGAGAGCUGAUUCAAUUUAUGAAGAAAUGAAACAGAAAUAUGGAACUCAGGGUUGCUAUUUACUUAAAAUUAAUUCUCGGACAUCUAAUCGAUCAUCAGAUGAACAGAUUCCAGAUCCUUGGAGUCAGUAUCUCCAGAAAAAUAGUAUUCAAAACCAGGAAUCAUAUGAAGAUGGUCCUUGUAUAACUUCAAAUAAGAAUUCUGAUAGUAACUUGCUUUCAUUGGAUGGAUUAGAUAACGAAGUCAAAGAUGGCUUACCAAAUAACUUUAGAGCUCACCCGCUGCAGUUGGACCAAUCCAAUAACCCUUCUAAUAGCAUUGAUGGCCCAGAUCAUUUAAAAUCUGCUUCAUCAUCACAUGAAACAAAGAAAGCAAAUACUGCAGUGAUUCAUGGUGCAUGUUUAACCCUAACCGAUCAUGAUCGGAUUCGACAGUUUAUACAAGAAUUCACAUUCCGGGGCCUUUUGCCGCAUAUAGAAAAAACAAUUCGGCAAUUAAAUGAUCAGCUAAUCUCAAGAAAAGGUUUGAGUCGCUCUCUUUUUUCUGCAACUAAAAAAUGGUUUAGUGGCAGUAAAGUCCCAGAGAAGAGCAUUAAUGAACUGAAAAAUACAGCUGGCUUACUGUAUCCACCGGAAGCGCCAGAGCUACAGAUCAGGAAAAUGGCUGACUUAUGUUUUUUGGUGCAGCAUUAUGAUUUAGCUUAUAGUUGCUAUCAUACUGCAAAAAAGGAUUUCCUUAAUGAACAAGCAAUGCUGUAUGCAGCUGGUGCCUUGGAAAUGGCAGCAGUGUCAGCUUUUCUUCAGCCAGGAGCAUCAAGGCCAUACCCCGCUCAUUACAUGGAUACAGCAAUCCAGACAUACAGGGAUAUCUGCAAGAAUAUGGUGUUAGCUGAAAGAUGUGUAUUGCUUAGUGCUGAAAUUUUAAAAAGUCAAAGCAAAUAUUCAGAGGCUGCAGCUCUCCUAAUACGAUUGACCAGUGAGGAUUCUGAUCUUCGAAGUGCACUUCUUCUGGAGCAGGCAGCCCAUUGCUUUAUAAACAUGAAGAGUCCCAUGGUUAGAAAAUAUGCAUUUCACAUGAUAUUGGCAGGCCAUCGGUUUAGUAAAGCAGGACAAAAAAAGCAUGCUUUGCGCUGCUAUUGUCAAGCCAUGCAAGUUUACAAAGGAAAAGGCUGGUCUCUUGCAGAGGAUCACAUUAACUUCACUAUUGGGCGCCAGUCCUAUACUCUCAGGCAACUGGAUAAUGCUGUGUCUGCUUUUAGGCAUAUUUUAAUCAAUGAAAGUAAACAAUCUGCUGCUCAACAAGGGGCGUUCCUCAGAGAAUAUCUUUAUGUUUAUAAGAAUGUAAGUCAGCUAUCACCAGAUGGCCCUUUGCCACAGCUUCCUUUACCAUGUAUUAAUAGCUCAGCAACACGGGUUUUCUUUGGCCAUGACAGAAGACCAGCCCAUGGUGAAAAGCAAGCAGCUACUCAUGUAAGCCUUGAUCAAGAAUAUGACUCUGAAUCUUCUCAGCAGUGGCGAGAACUUGAGGAACAAGUUGUGGCUGUGGUUAAUAAAGGAUUAAUUCCAUCCAGUUUCCAUCCCACACAGUAUUGUUUGAACAGUUAUUCAGAUAACUCCAGAUUUCCACUUGCAAUUGUAGAAGAACCAAUAACUGUGGAAGUGGCUUUUAGAAAUCCUUUGAAGGUUCCACUUUUGUUGACUGAUUUGUCAUUGCUCUGGAAAUUUCAGCCUAAAGAUUUCAGUGCAAAAAAUAAUGAAGAACUUAAAGAACUAGUCACAAGUGAAGCUGACAUGAUUGGAACUGAAGUUAUUUCAGAAUUCCUCAUUAACAGUGAAGAAUCUAAAGCGGCAAGACUAAAGCUCUUUCCCCAUCACAUAGGGGAACUGCACAUUCUUGGAGUUGUUUAUAAUCUUGGCACUAUUCAGGGCUCCAUGACAGUAGAUGGCUUUGGUGCUCUUCCUGGAUGUCACACAGGAAAACAUUCUUUGAGUAUGUCAGUACGAGGGAGACAGGAUUUAGAAAUUCAAGGUCCUCGACUUAACAACACAAAAGAAGAAAAAACAUCUAUUACAUAUGGUCCUGAUCGACGGUUAGAUCCUGUAAUCACGGAGGAAAUGCCACUACUGGAGGUGUUCUUUAUACAUUUUCCUACAGGGCUUCUCUGUGGAGAAAUUCGAAAAGCAUAUGUAGAAUUUGUCAAUGUCAGCAAAUGUCCUCUUACUGGAUUGAAGGUUGUUUCUAAACGUCCAGAGUUCUUUACUUUUGGUGGUAAUACUGCUGUUCUCACACCACUAAGUCCCUCAGCCUCUGAGAACUGUAGUGCUUACAAGACUGUUGUGACAGAUUCUACCUCUGUGUGUACAGCACUCAUAUCAUCAGCUUCUUCUGUCGACUUUGGCAUUGGCAUAGGAAGUCAACCAGAGGUGAUUCCUGUUCCUCUUCCUGACACUGUUCUUCUACCUGGAGCUUCAGUCCAGCUUCCAAUGUGGUUACGGGGACCAGAUGAAGAAGGUGUCCAUGAAAUUAACUUUUUGUUUUACUACGAAAGCGUUAAAAAGCAGCCCAAAAUACGUCACCGAAUAUUAAGACACACUGCAGUUAUAUGUACCAGCCGAUCUUUAAAUGUACGAGCUACUGUCUGCAGAAGUAAUUCUCUUGAUGAUGAAGAAGGCAGAGGAGGCAAUAUGCUAGUCUUUGUUGAUGUGGAGAAUAUCAAUACUAGUGAAGCAGGCGUUAAGGAAUUUCAUAUCGUACAGGUGUCAAGUAGUAGCAAACACUGGAAGUUGCAGAAAUCUGUAAAUCUAUCUGAAAACAAAGAUGCCAAACUUGCCAGUAGGGAGAAGGGAAAGUUUUGCUUCAAAGCAAUAAGAUGUAAGGAAAAGGAAGCUGCUACACAGUCCUCAGAAAAAUAUACCUUUGCAGAUACCAUCUUUGGAAAUGAACAGAUAAUAAGUUCAGCAAGCCCAUGUGCAGACUUCUUUUAUCGAAGUUUAUCCUCUGAAUUGAGAAAUCCACAUGCCCAGCCUUCAGUGCGUUCCGAAAAACAUUCGUUAGAGGAUGCUGUGAGACUGAUUCAGAAGUGCAGUGAAGUGGAUUUGAAUAUUGUUGUAUUAUGGAAGGUAUGUAUUAAUAACGACAACAACAACCUCAUGCUUCAAAAACAGUCCUCUUCAUGCUUUGUAUUUAUUUCCAUUGGUUUAAACUUGUUUUUUUAAACAAGGCAAUACAUUUAUUUUCAUAAUUUUUUUUUGCAGGAACCACCAGAAAUGGAACUUUUAAAAUUUGUCAGACCAGAAAACACAACUGUUUCCUCAAGACCAUCAAUAGAGCAGCUUUCUAGUCUCAUUAAAACAAGUCUUCACUAUCCAGAAUCAUUUAAUCAUCCAUUUCAUCUGAAAAGCCUUUGUUUAGUACCAGUCACACUUUUACUUUCCAAUUGCUCUAGAACUGAUGUGGAUGUCAUAGUUGAUCUUCGGCAUAAAGCAACAAGUCCAGAUGCAUUGGAAAUCCAUGGAUCAUUCACAUGGCUUGGACAAACACAAUAUAAACUUCAGCUUAAAAGCCAGGAGAUUCACAGUUUGCAGCUGAAAGCAUGCUUUGUUCAUACAGGUGUUUAUAACCUUGGAACUCCUAGGGUAUUUGCCAAGUUAUCAGACCAAGUUACGGUUUUCGAAACAAGUCAGCAGAACUCCAUGCCUGCCCUGAUCAUCAUCAGUAAUGUGUGA